AUGGCCUCCCGGGACAGGGUACGGACCACAUCAAACAGCAUCGAUCCGAACGAGGAUCCCGUGAGCGCACUGGAGAGAGUGAUGUCGAAUCCGGAUCUGGAACAGACGGCCAGGCGGAGGAGGAGACAGGUAGGAGGGAUCAGAGAAACGGAUGGGAACGGAAAGGGUUCAGGAGGACGAGCUGCUGUUCUCGCGCCAGUUCGAUGAGUCCGCGAGAACCGACAGCCACGAGGCCCUGUCCGCGAGAUACGAGAGUCUGAACUACGAAGUGUCGGAGAACAGACUGUACAGAGACGCAGAGUACAAAGAUACGCACCAGGUGAGAACGGUCGGGAGGGACCGGAAACUGACGGAAGAGCUCAGGUGACACUGUGGAGAAUAUCGCGGAAUCGGUGGCUCGUCUGCUUUCUCAUCGGCGUCUUCACGGCUCUCGUCGCCGCGUUCAUCGAUAUCAUGGUGCAUUACAGCAAGGAUAUCAAGUUCAACUGGAUACUCAAAGAUUGUGAGAUUAAAACAUAGAAUAGGAUUGAACUGACUGAAAAUGGUUUAAGUGAUCUCAAAAUGUGGAGAGGAGCAGAGAGGGACCACUGCCGGAUGCAUGUGGACCGUCAUGAUCGCCUGGAUCGCCUACAACUGCUUCCUCGUCACCAUCGCCGCCGUUCUCGUCAUCUACGUGGCGCCGAUUGCCGGCGGAUCCGGAAUUCCGCAGAUCAAGUGCUAUCUCAACGGAAUCGCCAUUCCGGAGGUUCUAAGGUUCUCUUUUUCACAAUUCCAUCUUCUUUUUCAGGUUGUUCGUCUCAAAACGCUCGUUUCGAAAGCGAUCGGGGUGGCGUGCUCGGUGGGCGGAGGACUGUCUGCGGGCAAAGAGGGACCGAUGAUCCACUCGGGGGCAGCUGUCGGAGCAGGAAUCUCACAGGGCAAAAGUAACUCGCUCGGCAUCGACUUCGGGGUGUUCCGAGAGUUCCGGAAUGAUCGGGAACGACGAGACUUUGUAUCAGCGGGCGCUGCCGCCGGAGUGGCCGCCGCCUUCGGAGCGCCCAUCGGAGGAGUGUUGUUCUCUUUGGAGGAGGGCGCCAGUUUCUGGAACCAAAACCUCACAUGGCGGAUGUUCUUCUCGGCAAUGAUCUCCUCGUUCACAGUCAACUGGAUUCUCAGCUGGUUCAACGGACGCAGCGGAUGGCUUUCUUGGACGGGGCUCGCCAACUUUGGCAUAUUCGAGAACAAGGACUAUAACAUAUGGGAGAUUCCGCUCUUUCUGCUCAUCGGAAUCAUCGGCGGUUGCCUCGGCGCCCUCUUCAACUACAUGAACACGCGGUUGACGGAGUUUCGCAAAAAGUACGUGAGCAGCAAUUUCGGCCGUCUUUUCGAAUGUCUGCUCGUCGCCGCCGUCUCCGGUUUCCUCGCUUUCCUCACAAUAUUCGCCAUCGAUGAUUGCCAGCCGAUCGGAGCGAAUCCCACUGCCACGUCGACGCAGAUCAAUCAAAUGUGGUGCAAAAAGGGAGAAUACUCGGCCGUCGCCAGUCUGUUUUUCCAGAAUCCCGAGGAAAGUGUGAAAAGCCUGUUUCAUAGCCCUAUCAGUAAGGUUGAGUUGGGAAUAUAGGAACAAUCUCGUUAACGUUCAGACUCAUUCGGCGUGACGACUCUCAUAAUCUUCGGAAUCGAGUACUUCCUGCUCACUCUCUGGACGUUCGGAAUCUCCGUUCCCUCGGGAGUCUUCAUUCCGGCUAUCCUGACGGGCGCCGCCUGGGGCCGGCUUUUCGGCAUCUUCGUCGAGAGAUUGUUCCCUUCGGUGACUGGAAUCGACCCCGGAAAGUACGCGUUGGCGGGGGCGGCCGCCCAAUUGGGAGGCGUCGUCCGGAUGACUAUCUCCCUGACGGCGAUCAUCAUGGAGGCCACGAAAGACAUCACGUUCGGACUGCCCAUCAUGCUGGUGCUGAUGGUCACCAAAUGGGUCGGCGACAUGUUUAACGAAGGGCUCUACGACUCGCACAUCGACUUGGCCGAAGUGCCGAUUCUCGGAUGGAAUCCUCCUAAAAUGAGCAGAAAUAUUCUAGCUGAGUAGGUUUUUUAAACGUUUUCUCGCCUCCAAUUCGUUCGUUUCAGUCGUGUAAUGCGAAAAGACGUGGUGGCUCUCGAGAGAAGAGAACGUCUCUCCCGCAUCGUCGAAAUCCUCCGUUCCACCCUGCAUCAUGGCUUCCCGGUCGUCGAUCGGAUAGAAGAAUCGCCAAUUCAGACGCUUCCCGAUUACGGAAGACUCAAAGGGUACAUCCUCCGAUCGCAGCUGUUUAAACUUCUCGAAAACCGAAUAUUCGCGGAGGAAGGAUCGUCUUCGAGUCGUCUUCCGAAUGACUUUUACGAGUGUCAGGACGAUGACGAGUAGGCGGACUCUUUUCAUUCGAGAACUUCAUCAUUUCUCAUUUUCAGUCAGAUGAAAUCGCUAGAAGACCUCGGCUUGACUGCCUACGACGAAACCUGCUGGCUGGACAUUGAACCCUACAUGCACCCGCAUCCCCACAGGUACAUUCCCUUUCUCUCUUGCUUUCCCUUCUUACGUCAUUCUCAGAGUGCCCCUCAACACCUCUCUUCCCUUCAUAUUCCGUCUGUUCCGCGGUCUCGGACUCCGUUAUCUUUUCGUCGUGAACGAUGACAAUCACGUGAGCUGUCUCUUUUGUCAUUCUCCUAUCAUCUUUUUUUCAGCUCCGAGGGGUUAUCACCAGGAAAGAUGUGGCAAGAUUCCGUGAGCGACGACGCAACCAUGAGUACCAUGUUGAUGAGCUCUACAUUUCGGUCUCCUAA